CUCAACCCACAAAAAAACUCUUUCUUGGCCUGCUUCUCCUCAACUCUCGGCCCAUCUUCCUCUUGGAACCACCUCGUCCCUUUGUUUUUCAGGUUCAGCUCAUCGUAGGGUUCUUGCUUGGCCCAAGUCUCUGGUCGAACCCAUUUGUUCACAGUCGACCCAAGUUGAGUUAGUCGGCCCAUCACCAUCUAUUUUGGCCCGAGUGUUGGCCGCUGCAUGGGUUUGCACAGAAGAGACGAGACGCCUUCCUCCAUCUCCUUCAUCGUGCCACCCUUCCUUACUUCCUUUGCCCACGACUCGCACAGAGGUUGUCCACCUCCGUCUUUCUUCUCCUUCUCCGUCAACCUCGCGUCGGAGCCGCAGAUCGCGAAGUCGCAUGUGCGAUUCACGCCUCAAGGGAAGUCACCGAGGAUCGCGGGUCUCCUCGCACGAUUCUCGUGUCUAGUGGCUCGAUUUCCAGCUCCGAUGUCACCUCCUUCUUCAGCGGAUCCUUCUCCUCCUUUGUUCAGGUCAUCAGCGCUUCCUUCCCCGGCGAUACGCAAGGAGGCUCACCGCUGCCUCCCUCCCUCUCUGCCUUUUUCUCUGGCGCUCCCACCUCCGUCUCCUUCCCGGUCUAGGUGGGAGGUGGCGUGGUUUGCCGCAGCGAGUCUAUGAGUCGCAUGAUCUCCUCCAUAUUCAUCUUCCACCUUCGUUCCUCUUGGGUUCGGCGAUCGAGCGCUUGUUGUAUGAGGGCUUCUAGCCGAUCGCACGUUGAAGCGAAGAGCUGUGAUUCUGGUGCUUCAUCCAUCCUCAGCUUAGGCCUCGACACCCUGGUCCCAGAAUCCGCUGCUAGCUUCUUUAUCCUUCCGCCAUCCACCAUCGUCUUCUUCAUCAGCGUCGGCUGAUCCUCCGCAUGCUCAGUGCUCGGCGCCGCGACGGCUCGCUGCCGUGCCGCACGUUCGCGCACCUCUUGGUCUUUUUCGGCACGAAUGGUGUCGAGUUGUUAUUUCACACGGGUCCACUCCAAAUCGGAGAGCCUCGAUGAGCUCAUGUUGGCUCUGGUACCAAAUGAUAGAACCUGUUUCUAGGAUUCUAUCGGGAAUUGGGAUUUAGGGAUUAAGAACAGAAAUUAGGGAUUUGAGAAGAGAAAGAUAGAGAAUCGGCCUAGGCCUUUAGAGGGAUUGAGAUCGAGAAUUGAGAGGAUUGGGAGAAUAGGGCUUAGGAGAUUUUCUUAAUAUUCUUCUUGAUUGAUUCUGAAUAAAACGCAAAGUACAUAUUUAUAAUGAAAGAUUGGAAAAACCUAAUAGACUAUCCUAAUAUGACUCAAACACUUAAUAAUAAAACCCUCAUAAUAAUUAUAGUAAUAAUAGAAACCAUAGGUUUCUAUCAAAACGCCAAAGAUAAACGGGGAUAAAAAGUGUACAUUUAGGCCCCAAUCACUCCCCCACAAUUAGACGUUUGCUUGUCCCCAAGCAAACCAUUCACACAAGGUAAUAUCUCCACCUAACAGAAUAACUUGGGGACAAAUCAAAGGGCACAAAGUGGCGAAUCUCAAUGGCUAUUAACACAUGGACCAUUGCAGGCGAUACCAGCAUCACCAUAAAUGACAUUUGAGACCACAAAAAAAGGGAAAACGAAAAGUUCUCACCUUUUCCAUGAAUCAAUGCAAGUCUCAACAAGACCAAUCAUCAACCACAACUCCAUGCAUAACAUUCAAGUACAAGGAAUGAACGAAUGGGCGACAAAGGUCCUCACCGGGGUAUGAUAUAACAUGCAAAGCAAGAAUGAAUCCCUCACUCUCUUGACCAGUGGGGUCGGGACCAUUUCGUGCAAAAAAUGUGCACAAUCAUCCACUCUUGGCCAUAGCGUCUCUUCACCAUGGCGGCAAUCUCUAGAUGCUAGAGUGCACGGGUUGGUUGUCAUCACUAGCUUGUCCGGAGGUCUUAGACACGGGUUCAAAUGACUGGCAAUUGUCUUGGGCAUGGGGAAAAGGCUUUUUGGGUGGUGGCAAACACAACACAAGGUCCUACAUCUUCACCUUAAAAUUGAAGGUUCUAUGGAUUCGACUAAGAACUUCCCUGCAAACAAUGGCCACUAGCAUCGGCCAAAAACCUUACUUCUCCCUUCCAAACUAUCACCCAUCACGAACCACAUUCAAGCACACUUCAUCGGCCUACUCUUGCUAUCACAUUUCGAACAUAAUAAUGAAGGAGUUCAACA